AGAUUUAACACUGGGGAGUUUCCCAGCAGCUGACAGUUAAAAAACAUUGUGAAAUAUUCUGCCUCAGUAUAAAUCAGCCAAACUGAAACUACAGGAGAGAAUUAGCCACGAUGGAUGUAGAUCAUCUUAGAGAUUAUAUCCAAUCAUUCACCCUUAAUGAAUGUCCACUGGGGAACCAGGGCUACAAUCGCAUCCUCCUUCAGCUCUUUGGCUUCCUGGGACACGGCAAGUCUUCUCUCAUCAACUCCUGUAAAUUUGCUCUGCUGGAUACAGAGUUCAAAAAACAUGCGGAAGCUGCAGCCAAUGAUGGUGGCCUGACGAUGGAAAGAAAGUCCUAUCCCCUAACAGGGACAAUCACAAUGGUGGACAAUAGAGGAUGUGCUAUGAUAAAUCCCAAUGGAAUGGCUGAAAUCUACGCUCAGUUAUGUAACUUUGUACCACUGGAACAGAGAGUAGAAUGGAACAAGACUUACGAGGACAUGAUGUUUCGACUGGAGGAUGAUGAUGUGGAUCCAAAUUUUACAGAUUUUUUUGUUCCAAUAUUUGUCUACAGUGUCAAGAAAGAAAUGACCGCCACAGAAAUAGAGGAAAUUAAACCCUUUUUUAAAAACUGCCGAGAUCUUACAGGAAUAUUUCCCAUCAUCGUCCUCACCAACAAGACCAGUGGAGAUUUUGCCAAACUGCGCAAUAUAUUUGAAGGCAUGGGGGCAGAGGAGAUACUGGCAGUGGAGAAUUAUACAGAUGAUGACCAUUUUAAAACACGUGGGAGACACACACUGUUCCUUGAACUGAUCCAUAAAGCUCUGAAAGACGUGAGUUUUUGUAUGAAAGACCAGAGAAACCCAAAAAAGGACAGAGCUCAACGCAAAAAAUUCCUUUUGAAAUACGUGCAUGAGAGAGAUAAGAAUCAACCACUCAGUCAAUAAUAAAAGCAAUAAUAAAUGCCAAAAGUUGGCAAAGCUAACAAGUGCCUUAUAUAAUUGUUUAUAAUGUUAGGGGGAGAUUUGCUAACUUUGAGGAAAAAAUCUCAAUUCCUUUUCCACUUUUUUUCUCAGGAAAUAAACUUGUUUCCAGUCAUUUGCUACUAUUUGUGAAAAUACAGAUAUUGGAUCUAUUUUCUAGAAAAUUUGGGACCUGGAGAUUCAUUAGGCACGCGAUUACGCUUGGUAGCGGUCAUCCCUAUUCAAUAAAUGAACACUCUGAAGCCAAUGGGAGACAACGCGAUACAUUUGUCAUUGCCCUAAAAGAUUGUUUUGGAUUCAUGCAAUUUAGUUACCAUCACUGUACUCUUUUGUUAUGAUAGAGAAGAAGGUAAUAGGUAAAAAAAUAAGAACUAUUUGCUUAAGUAUGAUGCUAGGGUAUAAAAAAUCCCCAGAGGCUUAUUUAUUAAGGUCAGAUAUAAAAUGUCAGAUUUUGGUGGAUUUAGAGGUUUUAGAAA